ACUAAACCCAUGCAUUAACAACCUUUCUCGUUAACAUUUGGCAGAAUAAUUCCUGCAUCUUUUUCAACCCAUAUUCAUACUCUACGACAACGAUGGCAGAACACCACCACCACCACCUCUUCCACCACAACAAAGAUGGAGAAAAUUCUGUUGAUGGAGAAAAUCCUGAGGAUUAUAGGAAGGAGGAGAAGCAUCACAAGCAUCUCGAGCAGCUAGGCGAGCUUGGUGCUGCUACUGCUGGAGCUUAUGCAUUGCAUGAGAAGCAUAAGGCAAAGAAAGACCCAGAGCACGCCCACAAGCACAAGGUAGAAGAGGAGAUUGCAGCAGCAGUUGCAGUAGGGGCCGGUGGCUAUGCAUUCCACGAGCAUCAUGAGAAGAAAGAGGCAAAGAAAGAAGAUGAAGAGGCACACGGAAAGAAGCACCACCAUCUCUUCUAAGUGUUUAUUUGCUCUCUGUUAUUGAUCAUGGAUCGAUCACCAGUAAACGACUACCCCAAAUAAUAUUAAUUUACGUGUGCGUUUUUGUAUGUCGUCGUUAAAUAUAUAGAUUCUAUCUGGUUCAGUUGUCGUGUGCAAUGUUAUGAUCAUGUUCACAAUAAUAUUAAUUAAUGUAAGCUUCUUUCAAGUUUGAA